UGAAUAGAUUGAAAUAAUUAAACAAGUUGAAAUUGUGCAUAAUAAUAUAAUAAACAAUGUUUACGACUAAAACAAAUGUGGAAAAGAUUAUUCAGAAGAACAUACAAAAGUUCAAAUCUGAAAAAGAGCGAAAUUUACAUGGAUUUCGUAUCGGAAAAUUGUAUUACAACUGCAAUGAAUAUGAACUAGCAAGGCGAUAUGUUUCUGGAUAUUUGACUGUUGCUCCAGAUGCAGCACAAGGACACCGUUUGCUAGCUGAGUGUUUAGAAAAAUUAAAUCGACCAGAUGCAGCAUUGAAAUCGUACCGUACCUCAUUAGAAUUAAAUCCAUCACAAAAAGAUUUACUUCUGAAGAUUUGUGAAUUAAUGGCAUCAACUGAAGUAACGUUAGAUCAAUCCAAGGCAUUAUACUGGUGUGAACAAGCCCAACGUUAUUUUCCAAAUCACCCAAUAUUAUUCUCAUUACGUGAACGCGUUGUAACAUCAGGUAAAGAUGGUAAUAACGAUGAAGUUGAAAAAUUAAUAUUAAGCGAAUUAGAACAUUGCCCAACCGAUGUUGGUUUACGAAUUCGCCUUUUACAACAUUUAUUACAUAGCAAUAAAAUAUCAGAUGCAUACAAACAUGCAUAUGAAAUUGAGCAAUUGAAACAUAAUAUAUUUGCUGAAAAUUUAACAUGGUAUGAAACAGUGGGUGAAAUUUUAACUCAAUACCAGCGUGACAAUAACAGUAUCAAUGAUUUAUCACAUGAAUUUUGGAUUUUUUAUACAUCGGUCUUAGAUAAAAUUGCAUCGUUACAAUUAGAUGAACAAUCUGUUACGAGUAUCGUUAAUUGUAAAAAUGCAAUUUUUAAUUUUGAUCAAAUAUUUAAAAUAGCCGUUGAAAAUGUAAAAAAAUCAUCCGAACGAAAUUUAGCACAAGAAUAUACAAUUCACUAUCAUGGACAACUAUGUUUACAUUUAGCCACGUUACAUUUUAAAAAGGCAAAAAUUGAUAAGGUUUCAUUCAAGGAAGCGUCACGUUUAAAUAUACCAUUGUUGUUGGGUGCAUGGUCAUCUCCACCAGCUGAAAUGAAUGCCGGAUGGUUGAAUCAAACAUCAGAUAGUACCCGAAAGUGGAUACAAAGAUGGAAUUUAGAGGCAAACUAUCGUGCUUCACAAGCUGGUCACAUUUUACUAUCCAUAUUAGGCGAACAUCCAACAAAUUUUUCGGAUAAACUAGUUCAAAUAUGUUCGGGUAAUUGGCGAGAAAGAUUAUUUAAAUUGUUAUUCGUAACACGAGAACAAUUAUCAAAAAUAAAAACCAGUUAUUUCAUCACAUGUCCACAAUUAUCUGAGUUACGUGCUGUUGUACCAUCUCAAAUUGAAUUAAGUGUAUAUGAUGAUACAGCACAACUGUAUCGAUCAUCAUCAUUGCAUCACGUAGUUUGGUUGGUAUUGAAUAACAAAUUUUACGAGUUCAAAUGUAACAUAUUUAACGGCUUACAAUAUUCGGUAAAUAAUUUAAAUAAUUGUGCUGCAGAAACGUUAAAUGUACUCGAUAUUCAAGCGUUUAUUUACUGUGCAGCUGCGUGUGCUCGCAUUGUUUAUCAAGAAACCCGUGCGUCUAGUUAUUCCUUAUCCGAUAAGCCCCCAAUACUGCCAGUAUCUAUAACUGAAAAUGUUUGUACACCAACUCAAGAAAAUUGGUAUCGAGCUGCUUAUAAAGUAUAUAACAAUGCAUGUGGUUCUGAACUAGGAAGUUUACGUUUAACCUUAACGAAUGGUAUUGAAAUAAUUCGUUGUGUUGGUAAUCAUGGUUUAAAUGUAAAUUUGUUAGUUUUACUUGCCAAUACAUUUAGUCAACACGAGAAAGUUGUUAAGGAUGUAACCAAAAAAGAAUUUGUAUCUACACGCGCCACCCUUUAUUGGAAAAAUGCAAUUCCUUUAUUAGAACGUUUAAAGAAUAAUCAAACAAUUAAAUAUCCAUCAACAAAGAAAUCCUUGUUCGAUUAUCGUGAUAAAGAUUUUACGUUAACUACAAUUAAUCAACAUUUAGAAGACGGUAAAUUGUAUUUGGCGUGUAAACUCAAAGAGCAACACGAUUAUGAGAAAGCUCUAGAAAUGUUUCAAGGCUUAAAGAGUCCAUAUGCAACAUUUCAUCAAGCACAAAUUUAUAAGACAUUAGCAGCUGAACAAAUUGGACUAAAUAAAGAAAAUGUCACAUCCGAAAUGCGUAGUCAACAUAUAAUAUUCUUAUCUAAAGCAAGAGAUUGUUUUUAUUUAACAUUGGAUCGUUUAAAAGAACCUUCCAUCGACCGUAAACAUCCCUUAAAUUGUGAAUUGGGUACAGAAAUUGAAAAUAUUGAGUCAAUGUUAUCUCGUAUUGAUCCUGAUAUUUGUACAAAUCAAAACGAUUGUGAGAAUAUAUCAGAUGAAAAUAUUUCUUCAGUUGGUAGUAUGGGUGAUCAUAUUCAAAUUGCAUCAACUUUUGGUUUAAAUUAUUCAAAUGGAAAUGGAGUGAAUCGAAAUAAUCGCUCACGAAACAUCACUAUGCAAUCUACACCAUUCCGAAAUGUUGAUUUAGAUACAUCGAUAAGACGUACGGAAGCAAGACCAAGUCCAGAACGAUUGGAGGCCCAAAUUCGACAAAUGUCUGUAACAAAAGAUACAUUUGUUACACAUAUACUUGAACAAAAUCGCCAAAUUCUUGAACAAAACCGUUCAAUGUUAGAGGCUUAUCGUACAUUAUCGGAAGAAAUUCGUAAUUUAAAAGAUGAAGUUCGUAAUGAACUUACAACUAUUAAAGAAAGUCUAACUGAUCAACUACCAAUGAUUAAAAAAGAGAUAAGUGAAUUGAAGAAAGAUACAUCAAAAUUAAAAAAUAACACACAAUUAAACGAUGAAGAUCUUUAUGACGUGUUUGAAGGGAUUAGUAACGAUAAUGACUAUAAUAUUCAAGCAGCAAUACAAGCUGCUUCAAGUGCAUUUAAUCAAAGUCCAUUAUAUUCUGGAUUUAACACGAGACCGCCAUUAAACUAUCCAGCAGCUGCAAUGUAUCCAGGCAUGUAUCCACCAAAAAUGUAUGGUUAUCAUCCAGGAUUAUCUGCAGCUCAUACUUCACAAGCAACAGGUGCGCCAUUAGUUCAACCUGUUGUAUCGAUAGCUGCGUCACAUAUUCCAGGUCUUUCUUUACAAACUACAAUACCAUCUGCAUUGGGCAUAACACCGAAAGAUGUAUCGUCUCCAAUUAUUAGUCAACCAAAUAUCUAUAAAGCGACACCAAACCAAAAAAGUUCACAAGAUGAAGAUGCAGAAGAAGAGAUAGAAGAUGUAUACGAAGAUGAAGAUUAUGAUUAUAACAUACAUGCAGCAGCCGCCGCUUCAAAUGCAUUUAAUCAAUAUUCAGGUAUUACACCAAGACCUCCAUUAAAUUAUCCAGCUGCUGCUGCUGCUGCUGCCGCCGCAGCUGUUAUGUAUCCCGGCAUGUACCCACCUACAAUGUAUGGUUAUCAUCCAGCACUAUCAGCAACCUUGCCUUAUGGUGAUUCAUCACAAUUACCAACGAUCAAUUUAAAUCCAGCGCAUACAUCACAAUCUGUAGGCGCACCAUUAGUUCAAUCUGUUGUGUCACAAUCACAUAUUUCAAGUCUUCCACAACUAUCAUCUCCACAAAUAUCAAAUUUGGGAACUCCAGCAAAAGAUUCAUCGAAUAAUGCUCUUGUUAAUAAGGCUCCACCGGUAAAUGUUGUGAUUACAGCAUCUGAUCCAGUUCCAACAACAGUUACAACAAGUCAACCUUUACUUUCUGUAACUAUACCACCACAACAUUUAAAAGGCAACAUUCAGAAAACAACAACUACACAAUCACAACCUCAUAGUUAUCAAAUAUCAUUACCUAGUAGUAUUCCAAGUUUUCCAACAUUCAGUACAACAAUGAGUCCGGCGACUACGUCAGCGGCAAUGCCUGUAACCACAAACAACUUACUAUCAAAUGUUUCAGCUCCAAUCUUUACAUCUCUAACUGAUCAAAAAACUGAUAAUAAAAACAAAUUAUUUGGUUUACAAUCAGAUACCUUACAGAAAUCCUUACUUGGAACAUCACCUUUUAAAAAUGAAACCGCUGGUGAAGAUGCAAAUAAAAGUAAUAUUUCCACAACGUCAUUUGAUGAACAAGAUCCUUGCCCAGAUUUUAAGCCAAUUAUUCCAUUGCCUGAUGAAAUUGUUGUUAAAACUGGCGAGGAAGAUGAAGAAGUUUUAUUUAAAGAUCGUGCUAAGUUGUUUAGAUACGUUGAUCGUGAAUGGAAAGAACGUGGGGUUGGCGAUGUUAAAAUAUUACAUGAUUCCAAAUCGGGUAAAGUAAGAUUAUUAAUGCGACGUGAUCAAAUUCAUAAGAUAUGUGCAAAUCAUUAUAUUACAACCACUAUGGAGUUAACUACAUUAUCAACUAGUGAUCGAGCAUAUGUGUGGGCGGCAAAUGAUUUUGCUGAUGAAGAGGUUCGUUUAGAAAAAUUAUGUAUUCGGUUUAAAACACCUGAACAAUCAAAAAAAUUCUAUGAUGCCUUUGAAAAUGCUAAAAAAUUAAUCAGAGAUACACCUGCUUCAGAUCAAGUUACAUCUCCAUCGAAUCAAGUUCCUUCUAGUUCACAAAAUAAUAAAAUAUUAACUACGUCAACAUCAACAGCUCCCACGACGACAACAACAGCACCAGCUCCAACUUCAUUAGGUGGUUUCACAUUCUCAUCAACACCAAUAUUUGAACCUAAAAAAAUAGAAGUGACAACAAAAGAGGAAAAACCACCGUUGGAAACUACGCCAGUUAAACAAAGUCCAUUUGCCGGUUUUUCAUUUAAACCUGCAAGUACAACAGUUGAUUUUGCACCAUUGCGUAAACCAAAUUUAGAUCCAUCAGGUACACCUAAAACUCAACAACCAGAAAUUAAAGGAUAUUUUUCACCAAAAGAUCCAAACUUACAACCUUUUUCUGUUGUAUCAACGGCUUUAACGUCCUCUCCGUUAAUCACGACAAAUACCAUGUCAGGUACACCAAAAACUUCAGCACCAAAAGUCGAUACUAAAGAAGACGAUUCAGAAGAAUUUGUUCCAACUGCUGAAUUUAAUCCCGUAAUCCCAUUACCUGAUCUUGUUGAGGUGAAAACUGGUGAAGAAGAUGAAGAGGUUCUAUUUUGUGAACGAGCUAAAUUAUUUAGAUAUGAUUCAGAAAAUAAAGAGUGGAAGGAACGUGGUUUAGGCGAAAUUAAAAUUCUUCUUUCUGGAAUUGUACGCUUAUUAAUGCGACGUGAACAAAUUUUAAAAAUUUGUUGUAACCAUCAAGUAACAAAAACAAUGAAAUUUAUGAAAGUGCAAACAAAUGAUAAAUUAGUUAGUUGGGCUGCACAAGAUUUUUCUGAAAAUGAACUCAAAAAUGAGUUAUUCCAAAUACGAUUUAAAACAGCAGAAAUUGCUUCCAAAUUUAUUACAACAUUAGAAAAUUGUCAAAAAGAUAUGGACUCCGGUAAUUUUAUUGAAGUGAAAUCAAGUGAUGACAAUAAAGUCGCUGAAAGUGUCAAACCUGUCGUAUCGUCAUCCAAUUCAUGGGGUGAUCAAUUUAAACCAAAAGCAGGACAAUGGGAAUGUAAGGCCUGUUAUAUUACAAAUAAUGCUGAUGUUUUAUACUGCAUCGCAUGUGACUCUCCAAAAGAUGAUACUGUUCCUAAAAAAGAGAAAACCGGUAUUACAUUUGCAACAGAUCCUUCAGCUCCAAAGUUCACAUUUGGCAUACCUCCUAGUACAAAACCCGCAGAAACUGCACAAAAAGGUUGGGGCGAUCAAUUCAAACCUAAAUCAGGUAGUUGGGAAUGUAAAAAUUGUUACGUUACAAAUGAUCAAGAUAAAGUAAGUUGUGUUGCGUGUAAUAUGUCAAAAGAUGGUACCACUGUUACUUCUACUAUUUCUACUAAAACUGAAGAUAAAUCAACACCAAAAUUCACGUUUGGCAUUCCUGCACAAACUUCUACAGCUAACACUACUAAAACAUUAGAAUCAAGUCCAAAAACAAUUCAAUCGUCAUGGGGUGAUGAAUUUAAACCAAAACCAGGAAAUUGGAGUUGUAAAUCUUGUUAUAUUAGUAACGAUGCUUCAAGUCAACAAUGUAUUGCAUGUAACACACAAAAAGAUGGCACAGUUGCCCCGCAACAAUCAAAUAUUUUAGGAGGAGAUACUCCAACUAAGUUUACAUUUGGAAUCCCACAGUCAACAACACCAAUAUUUGGUGCUUCAACAACACCUAAACCAACAACAACGGGAUUUACAUUUGGUACGGCGCCUGUUAGUACAACCCCAAAGUUUUCAUUCCAAAAAGAUGAUGGUACUGAGAAAAAAGAUGAUACGUUUGGUUUCCAAUUUAAUAAGAGCACGCCAUUAUUUGGUACGCCUAAGACCACAGCAAGUACAGAUCAAUCAUCCAAAGAAACUCCAAAAUAUACUUUUGGAUCACCCGAUAAAUUUGAAUUUGUUUUUACACCACGAUCACCAAGAAAAUCAUGUGGCGAAGAAUCUGAUGGUAAUGCGACUGAGGAUGAAGGUGAACACAUUCAUUUUACACCAAUAAUACCACUUCCUGAAAAAAUUGAUGUGAAAACUGGUGAAGAAGAUGAAGAUGUAUUGUAUUGUCAUCGUGCUAAAUUGUUUAUAUUUGUGUCUGGCGAAUGGAAAGAAAGAGGAUUAGGAGACAUUAAGCUACUACGACAUAAAGAAACAGGAAAAUUGCGAAUGGUAAUGAGGAGAGAUCAAGUAUUGAAAAUUUGUUUGAACCAUGCAUUAACCAAAGACGUAGAAUAUUUAGUCAAGGACGACAAAUCUUGGUUAUUUAGCGUGCCUGAUUUUUCUGAAGGUCAAAUUGAACAUCAUCAAUUUUGUAUACGAUUUAAAACAUCUGAUAUUGCUAAAGAUUUUAGGGCAGCUAUUAGUAAUGCUUUAGAAUCUACACAACAAACUAAAGAAAAAGAAACAUCUAAGAAAAAUGAAAAUCGUGAUAAGAAUGAUAAUGAUGAUGUAGUAUUGGUUUUACCUCAAGUUUCACCUGAAUUGGUAAAAAAAGCAAAAGAUUUGAUGCUACCAGACUUGUUUUACACAUAUUUGGAUAAACCACCUUGUAAAGGAUGCAUCGGCUGUGAUCCCGAUUCUUAUGAAUUUAAACAAACAGAAACAGUCGAAAAACCCACGGAAUCAUUUAGUUUUUCAAAAGCAUACAGUUCUUUGUCACCUGAUGCCAGUAAACUAAAAUCAAUCUUUGGUGGUUCACCAUCAAAAGAAGAAGAAAAAGAACCAGAUACCACGUCGCAAGUGAAAUCCAUAUUUGGUAAUGCAAAGACUGCAUUUGGGUCAGCUAAUUUUUCAUUUGGAAAAUCAUCAUUAUCUGGUGGAAAUACUGGAAACAUUUUUAGUGGUACACCAUCUCCGCAACAAAAUAUAUUUUCUGGAAAAAAUACGACACCAGAUACUUCACAAACUACACCUACACCUGAUACGACAAGUGGUGGAUUGAAACCAUCCUUAUUUGGACAAGUAACCCCUAAUAAUACAAGUAUAUUUGGUUCAACAGCAUCGAAAAAUUUAUUUGGUUUACCAAAACCGGAAGGUUUUUCUGUUAGUAGCGAAAACAAACUUAACACAUCAGGUUCUAUAUUCGGUACAAAUUCGACGUCAAUAUUUUCAACUCCAUCGUUUGGUUCAACAACUACAAAUGUUUUUGGUGGGAAUACAACAAGUACAACUGAAUUAAAUAAAUCUGGAAACAUAUUCGGGAAAAGUGAAUUAUCGAAAACUGCAACGGAAAAUAAACCAACUGAUGAAAAUAAACCUAAAGAAGAAUCUGGUUUUGGUAGUCUUAAGUCUGAGACAUUUGUUGAUUUUAGCUCUUUAGCCCAAACUUCUACCAAUCAAACAAUAUUUUCGGAAAAAAAUAAAUCAUUUCAAUUUGAAGGUGCUGGUGCGCCUGUAUUUGCUAGUCUAAAAAAAUUGCCAAUGAAAACAAAAGUAAAUGAAAGCGGAACCGAAAAUGAUGAAAAUGAUGAAGCGCACGUACAAGACGAUGAAUAUGAUCCACAUUAUGAACCAAUUGUUCCAAUGCCAGAAAUGAUACAGGUAUCGACUGGUGAAGAAGAUGAGGAAAAAUUGUUUUGCCAUCGUGCGAAAUUAUUCCGUUACGAUACAAAAUUAAAAGAAUGGAAAGAACGUGGUGUUGGUGAAAUGAAAAUUUUACAUCAUCCACAACGACAAACAUAUAGGUUUAUAUUACGCCGAGAACAAGUACAUAAAUUAGUAUUAAAUCAAUUAAUACGUGCUGACAUGGAAUUAAAAAAAUUAAAUAAAGCUGAUAAUGCAUUCUGUUGGGGUGGUUAUAACUACUGUGGUGAUGGCGAAGAUAGCGGGGUCAUUGAAGAAUUUGCUAUACGUUUUAAAAACCAACAAUUAGCUGAACAAUUUUAUAAUACAGUGAUUAAAUGUCAAGAAGAAUUGAAAAAAAUUAUACCCGCACAAAUACCUGUAUCAGUUGAAGAAAAAGAUUUGAAUAAUGCAGAAGGUGAAACUGAGGAUUAUGAUGAUGAAGAAUGGGACGACGAGGAUGAUGAAGAAGAAGAGGAAGAAGAUUACAAUGAGGAGGAAUAUGAUAAAUCUGUUGUAUGGGAAAAACACUGUAAGCUGCAGAUGUAUGUCGAUGGAAAAUUUACUCCAAUUGGUGAAGGUGAUAUUCAAAUUAUUUGUGACACAACAACAUAUGAAAAUAGGAUAUUUUUUGCUAAUGAAGAUGGCGAAGUUCUCACUAAUACAGCAAUAGUGCCUAGUGUCACUAUGGAACAAAAUGAUAAUGUUUGUACGUGGACAGCUGUAGAAGAUGUAAUAAAAGACAACGUUACUGUAACACUACGAGGUGAAUUUGAUACAGCCGAAGAUGCAGAAGAAUUUUAUGAGAGUUUCAAAGAAUCGACUUAAUGCUUUAAUAAAAAAAUUUUAAGAACUUUGUGAUUAUUAUUAA